AUGAUGCAUCGACCGACGGCUAAAGCGAAAGGAAUUACUUUCCAAUCACCUCGGCGCAAGGUAGCCCUUGUCUCCAAGAAGAUGGGACUCGACAGUGACGGCCGCCAUUUCCUGUCUGGCACUGGCAUUGUAUUCAACUCUGGGACUCCACCCAAAAAGCGCAAGCUUUUGUCGAUCGAUGACGAGUCGCUCCCCGAGGUGGGGCCCUCAUCGGCGCUGACUGAUGGUCCCGAUGUCACGAUAAAUGACAUUGCUUCUGCUGAGGCGGAAGCUAUGGAGGAUCGUGUCAAGAACGGUGUCUCCAGGGUGUUCGCGGGAUGGAAGCCCCAUUUUCGUGAUCUGCUCGCAGUCCUUUUGGCCACAGAAGCUCAUGUGAACAUCCCCAGCCUCUGUUCCGCUGCACUCUGUGCGGAGUGUAUCAUGAACGGUCAUCACCACGAUCCUUUCCACUGGAUCGAUGUUUGGAACGGCGAGUUCUUCGAUAAAGUUGAUUUGUUGACACUGGGAUACAGGCUGUGCCUAGGGCAUUACGGAGCAUGCUGCCCCUAUGUGGUGGACCAUGUCUCCCCGUCCAAAUUGGUCGUUACUCACACGAACGGGGUCCACGAAGUCAGGACGCACUGGUGCCAUUGCCCCGGUGCACCAGGCCGCGUUUUUCAAAUGUUGCAUGCUGGGUUGUUCCCAGUGACGUUGGAUCACCUGGAAAGUGCAUUCACCGUGCCACUCCUGAAAGAGUGGCACAUGCAUGCAUUGAUGUUGAAGAAGGGGGCGUACGAUUACAUCUACGCCCUUAGAAGACUGUCGAACAAUUCAGCGCCACAGACAGUAAAGAAUCGAUACAGGGAGUUUAAUAUUAUCAGUCGAAUUUGGCAUCAUCUCACGAUGAUGAAGUGCGCGGGCAACUUCCACGGUUUGGUACUUCCAAAUCGCGAUCCUCAAUCCCUCACGGUACCCUGUUUUACCUGCCCAUGGCCUGGCAUGAAUAUGCCCCGAGAUUGGAAGGACACUCCCGCUUCGCUCGCAUAUAUACACGCGUGUGAGCUCGGCGGCGAUGGGAAUCACGGCUUGCAAAAAAAGCGAAAGCACGAUGACCCGAAUGACAUCAGCCUGGGAUUAGGACAGGGGUACUUCGUACAUCCAGACAAAAUGACACAAUAUAUGGAGUCUAUCGAGGCAGAGCCUGCGAUGCGUCAGCCUGUGUGUUCAAUGGUGCGAUCUCUCACUAGGAAGACAGCCGGAAACAUGUAG